AUGUACUCCACCGGCGAUGCAGAAGAUGUUUUGCAGCAGGCCAGUCAGUUUUGGUCUAUGCUGGACGACCUUUCCGAAAGCGACCCUGACGCCUACCGCAGGCUCAUCCAGAAACAGAUGGAGGAAGGAGCUGAGUUAUCUGCACCGCCCGAGCUCGACUCUUGUUUGUGCACAGAAAUGCAGGAGCCUGAGAAAGGGUUGCUGUAUGUCAACAUAUGCAGCUGGAAACGUGUGCCUGCACCUCAGGGUCCCAGUAAGCCGUUACCCUUAUGUGGAGGAAAACUACUAAAAGACACGCACAAAGAUCAAGGAUUCUACGCUGUGGCAGAUGUGGCAAUAAACCCUGUAGUGCUACAGGAAAGUAAGAAAGACAAAAAGAAGAUUGACCAUGUCUAUAUGGUGGCUCUGGGCUUUAUCCAGCAGCAGCAUGGGGUGAGGUUAUCUCAGCAGUACACUGUAGUCAGCUUUAGCCCCAGAAGCAGUCGGAACGAGCUGCUCCAUCGGCUUGGGUUUCAGCAUUGGCCUAACAUCACCAAACAAGCUGACACAGCCAGUCAGAGCCCGGCUACCCUCCUGCAGCAGAUCUCCUGUCUGCGUUCGGAGAAACAAGACAAGCGGCCAGCGGGCCAAAUUAUGUGCAGACCCGCAGAGCGCAAAAAGAAGGAUUUGAUUCAGGUCAUCUCCAGCACUUUAUUACAGCCUCAGAAGCCAGAGUACCGGCUGGAGGUGAAGACUGACACAGCAGGAAGUCCUCAUAGCGUGGAGCUGACAGUGGAUCUGCCAAAGGUUUGCUCUGUGUCAGAGUGCCAGCUGAGUAUUUCCAAGAAUGACGUAUUAUUGGAUGUUGAGGAUCUGUACUAUUUGCUUCUCGAGUUUCCAAACACUGUAAAUGAAGACACUGCAUCAGCCAUCUUUAACAAGAAGAAACGAAGGUUGACUCUGACAGUGGCUGUUUUCAAAGCCUAGAGGAGAAACAGCAGCUAUAAGUCAGGAUGCUGUGCACCAAGGGGACAGACACAAAAAGUAAGGACCAAAGUUAAAAACAAAGAGUCCUAUAAACCCCGGAGAAGAAAUUAUACUGUAUAUGUUUAAAUCUCAUGACAUAAAUUGACAUAAUUGACAUAAAAUUAACAGCUUCCAGCGAAGUGAUCCAUUUCCAAGGCCCAAAUGUAUUUAAAAAAGUGUGUGCCACCGUGUGGGUUGAACUGCAGCAGCCAUUUUAAUUCUCAACCCAUAACGUAUAAGAUAUUUCAAUGACCAUUUGUGUUUGGUUUAUAAAUGCGGAGGUGUAUGAGUG